CUCUGGGCUAUUUCAUUAAAAAAAAAUCAAAACUAAUUAGUAGAAUUAUUAAUACUGCUGCUCACUGAAUAACAUUCUCCACCCUCUCCAUGAAAAAGGCUUGUUACCUUGGUCAGCCUCCACCCUCUCAGAGGACCAUGCUCCGCCUUCUCUGGGGAGAGGACAGAGAUUGGAGCAUGACUAAAGCAACAACCACCAACACCACACGAGACCCGCCCGUAAUGUUGCAAUUCUACACCUGUGUGGCUGUAGCUUAUUGUCCUUGAUGAGCUGCUUGUGGCAUCAAACAGUAUCUUUUUACAGACAACAAAAGUCUGGUUAUUAACAACAAAUAGAGAUGAAAAAUGGAGAGACGCCAGAAGACAUGGAUCCAAAUGAAGGACAAGAAGCAGAGGGCAGUAGUCUGGAUUGGCUCCUCAAAAAAGACAGCUCAAAGAUGACUCUUGUGCCUAUGGAUACCAACGUCUCAAUAACCAGGCAGUUUAGUGUCAGUGUUGACCACACUUGCAGUGAAACAUUCAAAAGGGACAAAGUAUUUAAAGCAACCUCCCAGGGAGACGCGACACAACUUCACGGCCUGCUUGACUACCUGCGAUGUCAUGAUAAAAGACUUACAAGCCCAGAAUUCACAGCAUGUCUUUAUCCUGUCUUCCUUCUUUCACCCCAACCGGUCGCAGUGUAA